GUUCAUUACUAGAUAUCAUUUUAGCUUUGAAAUUAGUUUCACUCACUUUACUUAGCUGAGUUGGUUCCGAACUGUAAUUUAGAGAAAAAUUCGCAACCUGGCGCGCAUUCGUUUUGUCGGCGAAUAAAUUCACUUCUACGAACGCCUAUUAUGAAGGCAACUGCUGACACAAUACUGCCCGUAAAUUUGAAUAAUAAACAAAUCUGUGACGAUAUUAUUAGAAAGUGUUCGCCAUCACGUCGCUUGGAGUCACGAGAACUUGCGAAGAUACUUAUACAUCCGCAUAUCAGGGGUCUAUUGCGUGCUCAUGAUGAAAUAGGACAAGUAUAUCAGUGUCUCUACAAACAUUUGGACCAAUCAUCAAAUAAAUUGGAAUUGAUGCCCUUUAAUAAAAGCUAUUAUCUUUUUCCUUCUGAAAUACUUUCUAAUAAAAUGACAGUGGAAGCAGUGAGAAUAGUUGGGCUUCGACGAGUUGAAAAUAAACCCUUGGGAUUUACCGUUGAAGUCAAUCCACAAAAGCUAUUGGUGGUGGCGCGUAUUCUCUCGGGCGGCGCUAUCGCUAAGCAAGGACUUUUGCAUCCAGGUGAUGUUAUUCUGGAGGUUAAUGGAGCUCCGGUUAACACACCGGAAGCUUUGCAAAUUGAAGUAAAUCGCGCGAAGGACAAUCUUACUUUAAAAAUUGCACCACAUGUAGAUGAUGAAGUUCGAGAAUCUUCUUCCCCGAACUACGAUGAUAUAAAUGAAAAACCAGGAAAGAAAUUGACGUGUUUUAUGCGAUCUUUAUUUAAUUACAAUCCGUCGGAAGACUCAUUGUUGCCUUGCAAGGAUAUUGGAUUGCCUUUUAAAUCGGGAGAUAUUUUACAGAUAUUGAGUGUAAAGGAUCCGAAUUGGUGGCAAGCAAAAAAUUUACAAGAUGAAACGGAACGAAUUGGUUUGAUACCUUCACAGGAAUUAGAAGAAAGACGUAAAGCUUUCGUUGUACCUGAAGCUGAUUUUGCUCACAAGAUCGGCAUAUGUGGAACAAGAGUUUCAAAGCGUAAGAAAACCACUAUGUAUAAGUCCAUAGCAAACUGCGAGUUUGAUAAAGCUGAUUUGAUGUUAUAUGAAGAAGUGACUAGAAUGCCGCCAUUCCGAAGGAAGACUCUUGUUUUGAUUGGUGUUCCAGGAGUUGGUAGACGUACUCUAAAAAAUCGUCUUGUUAAUAGUGAUCCGGAACGCUUUGGUUUUAUUUUACCACAUACAACCAGGCCUAAGCGACCACUAGAAGAAAACGGAGUCGGUUAUUAUUUUACUAAUAGAGAAACAAUGGAAGAGCAAAUUAAACGAAAUGAAUUUUUAGAGUAUGGUGAACAUAAUGGACAUUUAUAUGGAGUACAUUUGGAUUCUGUAAAAGAAGUGAUUAAAAGUGGUCGCAUGUGUAUCUUAGAUUGCGCUCCUAGCACCUUGAAAUUCUUGCAUAAUAGCCAAGACUUAAUGCCGUUUGUUAUUUUUAUUGCGGCUCCCGGAAUGGAGCAACUUCGAAACAUAUAUUCUGAACGACGUGCAACAGGUUCUACUAAAAAUUUGACGUUUGAUCGACAAACUUCAAUUCGUUUUAGCUCAAGACGUGCUCGCACUUUGGAAUCACUUGCUUCUUUAUAUGAGGAAGAUGAUUUGAUUGCCACCGUCGAGGAAAGCUCGUUUGUUCAACGACGAUAUGGAAAAUAUUUCGAUAUGGUUAUUGUAAAUGAUGACUUUGAUAAUACUUUUCAACAAGUAGUGAAAGUACUCGAUCAAAUGAGCCAUGAAGAACAGUGGGUACCAGUUGAUUGGAUAUACUAAAAUAUGUGAACUAUUCAAAAUAUAAUAUAAUAUUCCCACAAUAUUCAAAUCUUAUACAAACUAUUGUUUAAAAUAAAAAUAAAACUUUUUAGAA